AUGGAGCCAAAUUUAAGAAUCACCCUCUCAAAAAAGCUAAUCAGCUUCAAGGAACUCGAGAAGAACCUUUCUCUGAAAAUUAACAAUUUGAGAAUAUCCUCGGCAAGAGUUGUCAUCAACAAGAUGUAUUAUACACUAUGGGAGACAGAUGGAGGAUAUCGAUUGAACAUUAACGGAGUGCCAACUGAAGAUAUCGUCACUGAUAAGAGAUGGCGCUGGGUUAUACGACUGAACGAAAACGAAAAGUAUUGUGCAUGGAUUGAUAGAGGGGAUGACACUGAGAUGAACAUCUGGUUUGAGGAAAGAGAAACUUGGAGAGGGCACUUCAGAAUUAAUCGUCUUAGUACUGCUACUCCAUUGGCAUGGUAUGAAGGACCAGUUGGGCAAGAGGAUUAA